GGGACUCUGCUGCACCUAAACAGACGGAGGGGUGAGGGCAUUGUGUUCAGUGUGUCAGUGCUGCAUCCACCCAGGAGGAGAGAGGAGGACAGGGCCACACCGCAGCUCUGACAGCCACAACAAACCCUCACAGGACGAAUCCGUCUGCAGCCGCAGCCGCAGCCGCAGCAGCAGCGCGCUCCUGGAGACCGGUGCUUCCUGCGCUCUGCGGCCGACAGGAGGAGACGCUGCGGGGGGAAGGACUCGCCCGAUCCGUCGGUGGCGGAAGGGACGUGAUAUGCACGAACCUCUCGUCGGUGUAAACCGGCACCGCAGCUGAAUACCCCCCAACCCCCACCCCCCCUUGUUUUUAUCCUAUUUUUUCCCCUGGAGGGAGGGAGUCAGGGUCCAGGGACAUUUACCCACCACCUGCAGAGACAUACGCCGAGAGACGCUGCAGCCAUGCCCGGGUUUGAUUACAAGUUUCUGGAGAAGCCAAAGAGACGCUUCCAGUGUCCGCUCUGCAGCAAGGCGAUGCGGGAGCCGGUCCAAGUGUCUACCUGUGGACACCGCUUCUGUGACACCUGCCUGCAAGAAUUCCUCAGUGAGGGUGUGUUCAAGUGUCCAGAGGAUCAGCUACCGCUGGACUAUGCCAAGAUCUACCCGGAUCCAGAGCUGGAGCAGCAGAUCCUGGCUCUGCCCAUCCGCUGCAUCCACAGUGAGGAAGGCUGCCGCUGGACCGGCCAGAUGAAGCAACUGCAGGCCCACUUCACCACCUGCGCCUUCAAUGUGAUUCCCUGCCCCAAUCGCUGCUCCGUCAAGCUGACGCGCCGCGACCUGCCCGACCACCUGCAGCACGACUGCCCCAAGCGCAAGGUCAAGUGCGAGUUCUGCGGCAGCGAGUUUACCGGUGAAGCCUACGAGAACCACCAGGGUGUGUGUCCUCAGGAGAGCGUUUACUGUGAGAACAAGUGUGGGGCGAGGAUGAUGCGCCGUCUGCUGUCCCAACACAGCCUGGCCGAGUGUCCCAAACGCACGCAGCCCUGCAAGUACUGUGGCAAGGAGUUUGUCUUUGACACAAUCCAGAACCACCAGUACCACUGCCCUCGGUUUCCUGUCCAGUGCCCAAACCAGUGCGGGACACCCAACAUCGCCCGAGAGGACCUGGCCAAUCACGUGAAGGACAACUGCGGCAGUGCACUCGUCCUCUGCCCCUUCAAAGACGCCGGCUGCAAACACAGGUGCCCCAAACUGGCCAUCGGUCGUCAUCUGGAAGACACCACUAAGUCUCACCUGACUAUGAUGUGUAACCUGGUGGGUCGUCAGCGGCAGGAGAUCCUGGAGCUGCGAAGGGAGAUGGAGGAGCUUUCCGUCAGUCACGAUGGCGUCCUCAUCUGGAAACUCAACGACUACACACGCAAGCUCCAGGAGGCCAAACUCCGAAGCAACCAUGAGUUCUUCAGCCCGCCCUUCUACACUCACCGUUACGGCUACAAGCUGCAGGUGUCUGCGUUCCUGAACGGCAACGGCAGCGGCGAGGGCUCCCACCUCUCCGUCUACAUCCGCGUGCUGCCCGGAGAGUACGACAGCCUGCUGGAGUGGCCCUUCUCCUACAAGGUGACUUUCUCCAUCAUGGACCAGAGCGACCCGUCGCUCUCCAAACCCCAGCACAUCACCGAGACCUUCAACCCCGACCCCAACUGGAAGAACUUCCAGAAACCCAGCAGCACCCGCAACUCGCUGGACGAGAGCACCCUGGGCUUCGGCUACCCCAAGUUCAUCUCGCACGAAGAGAUCAAGAAGAGGAACUACGUCCGAGACAACUGCAUCUUCGUCAAGGCUUCGAUAGAGAUCCCCCAGAAGAUAAUGGCUUAAGAUCUGACCUUUGUUUUUUCUUUGUAUGAAGGAGGAAGACAGGUUAAAGACUGGAACUGACACUUAACCUUGAAAUCUUCUACACACUCACCCUUUAGAUACUUUCUGCCCUUACAGCCUCUCUACCACUGAGCUUGACGCAAGUCUGUUUGGCCGUGUGAGCUGACUCAGAGGACUUCGAUGUAUCACAGAGGAUAAAGUGUUUGGUCUGCAGAACCAUCACUCUCUGCUUUCCUUUUUUUUAUUGUUUUUUCUUUAUCUGUUUGCUGACCUUUUAUCACAGUCUACAACACAAAGCCUUGGAAAUCAAACAGUGCCUAGAGAGUUUAUCUUAAGUUAUAUUUUUGUUGUUAUUUCUGCAGUACAGAUGUUAAAGAUUAUGGAGAAAAAAAAGAUAUAAAUUAAGGGUGAUCAGCUUCACUGAGCCUCAGCACUUAGAAUAGUGAGAAAGUCCGAGGCUGGCUAGAGACGUCCUGUUUUAUCUGGAGUGAUGUAAAGAGGGAGCUCAGCAGACUCAUGCUCAAGUCCAACUGCCUUUUGUUUACAUGCUCGUACAGUAUCCUCCCACUGAUCCUAACACACACACAGCCCUUGGUAAAGACGACUCGUAGGUUUGUGGUCACGCAGACGUAUAAAUCGAGGUUUUCAGAAGAGAAAGGUUGCGGGGGGGUUGGGUGAUUUUUGUAUUUUUAAAGGAAUGAUUCAGUCAUUUUUUUUGAUGAGUGUUAAAUGAGAAGAUCAACACCACUAUCGUAUUUGUCUGUUAAAAUAUGGCGCUACAGCCAGCAGUCAUUUCAUUUAUCUUAUCUUAGAUUAGCAUAGCAUAGCAUAGCAUAGCAUAACGACUGGAAUACAACACCCACACUGACAACAGGCUAGUUGUUUUGGUUUUUAUACAAACUCAACUUACAAUGCAAAACAUGUUAGCUAAUGAACUUUAGAGGUGCUGGAAGGCAGCGUUUUGUUACUUUUGUCCAGAGCCAUGCUAGCUGCUUCUUCGUUCCCUGUCUUUAUGCUAAGCUAAGCUAAAUGCCUGAUGGCUGUAGUUUCAGCGUAGAUUAACUUAGCGUAGCAUAAAGCCUAGAAACAGAGGGAAAAUCUCCAUUAUAGUACCACUGAAGCUAACUAAAUAACAUAUAGUUUGUUCCGUAUACAUUGAAAACCAACUUGCUGUAGUUUUUAUAUAGAUUCAACUAACAGGGUAUGACAGGUUAGCUAACGUACUUAAGACAUGCCGUUACCUUUGAACAGAGCCAUGCUAGCUGUUUCUCUCGGUAUCCAUUCUUUAUGCUAAGCUAAGCUUAGCCAAAUGCCUGCUGGCUGUAGCUUCACAUUUUAAAAUGAUUUGAUUUUAAAUGAUUUGAUUUAAAAUGCGCUUAUUCGCUGUCUUGCCAAGAGUUCGAUCGAUUGCAGUCUGGUGGCCGAACGCUCACUAAACACAGACUUCAUAUUGACGAGGAGUCGGAGAGAAAAAGCACCUUUCGUCGAUCUUUAGAUGAGCAGAGCAGACAAAGAUGCCAGUUGUCGGAGAACGCGUUUGCAUUUAAUAGUGAAGGAAAAGCCAUGUGGCCUUUUUAUACAGUAUGUCUUCGCAUGAGGGUGAGCAGGGCAACAUAAACACAUGCAUGCUUCAUGUGCAACCACCUGGACCACGUUUUUGUACUGUAACCUGUAUUCUUGAAACCCUCUCCCAUCGAUGGCUACUUUGUCUCUUGUUUUUGGACAGUUUGAAAGUUGACAAAUUGUCAAGGAGAAUUGAUUUUUUAAGGUUUUUUGUUUUUAUAUGGAGAAAAUGUGAACACAUUUGAUAAUGUAACCUAAAAACAGACAAUGAACACUUGGCUGUGAGGUGAAUUGUUGCCUGGGGAUGGACGGUGCACGGAAACUGUCUGAGAAGAUGGUUUGUGAAAUGGUCUCUGCAAAUAUGGGGGUGUCUCGGGACUGACUGCACCUUUCGUUGCUCAGUGACAAGGAAGUCGGUUUGAGGGAGCCGCCCCGUGCAUUACACCCGUCUCCAUCGCAGCAGAGGACGUUGAUGAUACAGUACACUCAUGAUGUAUGUGAAUACUUUGUAAAAAUGCAGAAGCACAUUCUGUCUUUUUAUUAUUAUUAUACAUGGACAAAUUCCUGAUUUCUUGUCAUAAUACCAGCUGAUAUUUUACAGUGAUUUAAAGAAGUGAGAAGAUUAAAAAAAAAAAACUUUUUGUAAGAUUCUGUAUUUUUCAAAAUACCUAGCUGUUUUAUACAAACACUUUUCGUUGGAGAGUCGGGUUGACUUUGGGAAUUUUCAGACCCUUUUGUCUCUUUGACAUUUGGAUAAUUUGUUUGUCCGUGUGGUUUGAGCCUCACAUAUUCUGUCUGUAUUAUUUCCUCUUAAAAGUAUUUAUUUUAAGGAGCCGUCAUGUGGGUUUGCACAGACGGCACAAAUGUUUUAAUAUGUUGACUGAUGAGUGCUUGUCAAUUUCUUCAUUGAAAUAAAAUACCAUAUAUUAUA